AUCAGCAACCUACAAAUCGCUUUCUCUCUCUGUUUCACGAGAACCAGAUCGGCGGCCUUCUUUUUCUUUGUGAAUAUAAACGGGUUGGAGCUAUAUUGGCAUGGAGACCGGAGGGAAAGUGAAAAAGGGAGCUGGAGGGAGGAAAGGUGGGGGUCCGAAGAAGAAGGCAAUUUCUAGGUCGGUCAAAGCCGGUCUGCAGUUUCCGGUUUCGAGAAUCGGGCGGUAUUUGAAGAAAGGGAGAUAUUCGCAGCGGGUUGGAAGUGGGGCUCCAGUUUACUUAGCUGCCGUUCUCGAGUACCUAGCUGCUGAAGUGCUGGAAUUGGCUGGGAAUGCAGCUAGGGACAACAAGAAGAACAGAAUAAUACCAAGGCACGUUUUGCUUGCUGUGAGAAAUGAUGAAGAGCUUGGAAAGUUGCUUGCAGGUGUGACCAUUGCUCAUGGAGGUGUCCUUCCAAAUAUUAAUCCUGUUUUGUUACCCAAAAAGACUGAGAAGGCCACCAAGGAACCCAAAUCUCCCUCAAAGGCCACCAAGUCCCCCAGGAAGGCUUAAUCCCUUUCUCCUUUUCUCAAAGCCAAUUUCACUACCUUAACUCUUCUGUCCUUGUUGUAUGUAAUUUUGGGUUCAGGGCUGGGUUAUUCAUUUGUAGGGAAAAGUUGUUUGAAACAUUUUGUCCUCCCUUUGAUCUUUGUAAUACUGUGUUAGGAUUUGACCAUUUAAGAUUAAUGAAUGAAACAACUUGUUUUAAGGAGAGAAGAGAACCUCAUUCCUUUAA